AAUACAUACAUAAACUUUAUCAACGCGGCCUCAUCGAAUUAUUUUUCUUACUUUAAAUGUCUUUUAAUUGUAUAUAUUUUCUUAUUAUACUCAGUGGGAGACUGUAUAUCACCUGUGCCGAAAAAAACGUGUCUAUAAUAGAAAAUGGAAGAUGCUUAGACUGUAGGAAGGAAAAUAAGGAAAUGUGUCGGAUUAAAGAGACAGGAUUUAGUUGUUAUGAAGGAAACUUUUAUAGGCGAUUGGGACGAUUACAAGGUGAAUUCCCCAAAACAACAAAUAAAGAGGAUGUUUGCGUUCCGCCCGGAAUGCAUAUCGAUAUUAUAAAUGCCAAAGUCUGCUGCGUUUGGUCGCCUGAAAUCGGUUGUCAAAUAUUAUUAAGUGAAGAUCACCAGGGCGAAUUUUGCUUCACUUGCAGAGUGAAAUAUAAAAUGGAAUACAAAGGACUAAUUUCCUGUCCGUGUGUAAAAAGUGAAGGAUUGUGCCAAGUCCAUGUGAAAUCGUGGCAGACCUUUGUUUUUACAUGUUUAAUCAUAAAAUUAUCCAGUUUUACGAUGGGGUUCUAGCUUAUAAAUUUAAAUUGUACCUAAAAUUGUAA